GGCAGAUUACGGGCCUGGCAGCAGCAAAGGGAGGCCAUACAGCACCCUAUGACAAAAUGGAACCCACCAGCAGUGUGAGGAGACCUGAAAGUGGCACAUGGCAGAGUGUGGCGAUGGAGACAGCAGCAAUGGGAGGCCGUACAGGGACCCAUGACACACUCUGGACCUGGCAGCAGCAUGAGGAGGCGGUACAGGGGCCCAUGACAGAUUACGGGCCUGGCAGCAGCAAUGGGAGGCCAUACAGCACCCUAUGGCAGAGUGUGGUGAUGGAGACAGCAGCAAUGGGAGGCCGUACAGGGACCCAUGACACACUCUGGACCCUGGCAGCAGCAAGAGGAGGCGGUACAGGGGCCCAU